AUGGGAGUACGAGUUGAGGAAGAAGUACCAUCAAUAUUAAAAAAAAAUUCUGAUGUUUUCAAAGAAGGAAUCAGUACAUACAAAGAUCACACAGUUACUAUAGAUUUAAAGAUGCUAAAGUCUAAAUUUCUUAAGGCCUAUCCAGUCGCUAUAAAAAUUGAUGUUGAAAAGGAGAUAGGUUGGUUAGUUCACGAAAGUGAACAAAGGUCAAUAGGCCAAUGGGCUACACCAGUACAGCAAAAUCUGGAGAAAUAUGAUUGUGUGAGUCAUCUCGCCGUCGGCCGCGUCGGACACGCGCCGCGAAUCUGCCCGGCCCCUUUUAAAACGGAUGAAUCAAGACAACGAUUGAGACAAGUCGAGCCGGACACUGCUCGUCUCCAUGACACCAAGUGUCAUCCGCGAACAAUUACACCGCCGGCGGGGGCUCUGCCCGAACUGGCCGAUGUCCACCCGAGAGAAGAACGGAUAAACAUGAGCAAAGACGACGUUAACAGUAUCACAAAUUACAUAAAUGUGCCCCAUGACUAUACAUAA